AUGAGGUGGUUACUGCCCUGGACGCUGGUGGCAGCGGCAGCAGCAGGCGGCACCUUGGCCGUGGCCCUCUCUCUAGCCCCCACGGCCAUGGGCCCCACCGCGGCCCCGCUGGAGGACACCACGCGCCCUCAGUUUUGCAAGUGGCCAUGCGAGUGCCCGGCGGCCCCGCCCCGCUGCCCGAUGGGCGUCAGCCUCAUCACGGAUGGCUGUGAGUGUUGUAAGGUGUGUGCCCAGCAGCUGGGGGACAAUUGCACGGAGGCUGCGGUCUGCGACCCCCACCGGGGCCUCUACUGCGACUACAGUGGGGACCACCCGAGGUACGCAGUAGGAGUGUGUGCACAGGUGGUCGGCGUGGGCUGCGUGCUGGAUGGCGUGCGCUACAACAACGGCCAGUCCUUCCAGCCCAACUGCAAGUACAACUGCACGUGCGUGGGCGGCGUGGUGGGCUGCACGCCGCUGUGCCUCCGCGCGCGCCCCCCGCGCCUCUGGUGCCGCCGCCCCCGGCGGGUCAGCGUGCCCGGGCGCUGCUGCGAGCAGUGGGUGUGCGAAGACGACGCCAGGAGGCCCCGCAAGACGGCGCCGCGCCACACGGGCACCUCCGGGACCACAGAUGAGACGGAGCCAUGGCACAAGAACUGCAUCACGUACACCAGCCCCUGGAGCCCCUGUUCCACCAGCUGCGGCCUGGGGGUCUCCACCCGCAUCUCCAACGUCAACGCCCGGUGCUGGCCUGAGCAGGAGAGCCGCCUCUGCAACCUGCGGCCAUGCGACGUGGACCUCCAGCCACACAUCAAGGAAGGGAAGAAGUGUCUGGCCGUGUACCAGCCAGAAGCGCCCGUGAACUUCACGUUGGCCGGCUGCACCAGCACUCGCGCGUACCGGCCCAAGUACUGCGGGGUCUGCACGGACAGCCGGUGCUGUAUCCCCUACAAGUCCAAGACCAUCAGUGUCUCCUUCCAGUGUCCCGAUGGGCCCGGCUUCUCCCGCCAGGCCCUGUGGAUUAAUGCUUGCUUCUGCAAUCUGAGCUGCCGGAAUCCCAACGAUAUUUUUGCCGACUUGGACUCCUACCCUGAAUUCUCAGAGAUUGCCAAUUAA